AUGGUGAACUCCGAUUUCCAGCGCGUCAAGAGAUUGUGGCAAACGCGUGUUGGUCGUUCGAAAAGCGCGGGUUUUCAGGAAUAUCCUGAUCAAGAAGCAAAUAUAUGUGAAGAACGGAAGGAUGAGUAUCGUCAGUCUAUUGUUCAUGAAGAUGAGGCACCUCAAACGCCUGUAGUCGAUGUAGAUUCCUACGAACCAACAGAAGAAUGUGAUAUGAAAUUUGAAUCGUCAACAGUGUCUGAGGAUGUGGCCCCUGUGCCAUCACCGUCUUCGUCUUCCACUGCAGCUUCCAUCAACUCCCCAUCAGCAUCACCAGCAGUGCCUCAUAGCACCAGUUUGUUGAAACCUGUAAACUCUUUACUCAAGACUUUUCCCAGCAUCAAGCACAAAACUUCUACUGCACCUGCCCCAUCAUCUGCAGGACCGCCGACGCUAUUCUCGUUUCCUCCACCCAUUCGAUCACGUUGGAGAUCUUCACGUUCAGCCUCGGAUGCCACCUCAAACACGUCACUUUCAUCGUCUACUUCUAGCUUUUCUUUUGCAUCCAAUUUGUCAUCGGCACUACCUCCUCGCGAAGCGGCUGAAAAUGCUACCAAUAAUGUGCAUAAUGUGUGUCCUCGGUCUCGAAUCGGGCUGUCUCGUUCCAUUUCAUGUGGAAGUCCUUACGGCGAGUUGGUCAUCGUUGACAUUCUAGAAGCAAAAGGUUUAGUCAUCGAUCGUGAUGAAAGCGGGAUGCAUCUGCCGUUUGUGGCCACAAUGCAACUGGGAUGCACGAGUCAGCACACAUCACCAAUAGAUCCAAGUAACUUGGUCGUUAAUGAACGCUUUGUCUUCUGGAUAGCCUCAUCUCCAACAAUUGACCAGCGCACGAUCGACAUUUUCGUUCGUGGAGGCAACAAACGAGAGCUUGGUGAGGUGCAUCUUAGUCUCGCAAUGCCACUUAAUGAAGCUUUUGGAGAUUGGUUCCCUCUUGUUUCUCGAGAUGAUGGACACAAACACGGAUCGUUACGAGUCGCAAUGCGCCGCGUUGUUCUUACCUCAUUGCCGAUGGUCGAAGCUGCAAAGAUUCUGAGUAAGCACCAGAGUUGUCUAAGCUCAAGCGACAGCAAACUCUACGGUGAUCUUUUACCUGAGCUUUGGAAUCGUUUUCCAGGUCAGGCAUCCGAGGUGAUUUCAUCUAGUCCAUCCAAAGAGAAAGAGACCGGCAGAAAAUUGGGUCGAUUGAUUGGGUACCACGAUGUCCAUCGAAAUGUCUUCUGA